AAAAUUAAAAAUAUAAAAGAAUUAAAUACGUAUCGUAUGGUAUGGUGUUGGUACCUAUGAUAAAGUAUAGCACGGAUAUGUCAACCGACAAGUGAUUUUUGACAAUCUAUGAAGUGUGAAGUAAUGACUGACUGAACUGGUGUUGAAUGUUGUACUUGUAUUGUAUUUAUUUGAAGUAGUUUAGAGUAACCUAGUGAUGGAGUGAUCUGAAUUCGAUAGUGACAUUCAAUUUAUAUGAUGGAGAAUCAAAUUCUUAUGAUUUUAAUUGGGUGUGUCUUAAGUAUCAACAAAUAAAUCAAACCAAAAAACCUAAGUGUUGAAACUUAUAUAUCGAUACGUUUUUUUUUAAAUAACAAAUUUAAUUUGACAGUUAUAUAAAGUUGUUCGACCCACCCAACCCUUCAGCACAAGAAACCUAAUAGUUUUAAUUAAUCUGUUUCUGAAUCUCAUGAAUGUGUAUGAAUCGAAACAAAUCAACUCAAAUGAAAUGCAUUAUAAGUAUAAUAAUGAGUGAUUUGAACGCUUAAAGUUUUGUCAAUGAAUAUGUCUCGACUUGCUGAUUAUUUCGUUAUCGUUGGAUAUGAUCACGAAAAAGAAAGAGGUGGGAUAAGCAGUGGUAUUAUAUUGCAACGUUUUCCUGAAAAGGAUUGGAGCGAUACACCUUUCAUCGAAGGAAUAGAAUGGUUUUGUCAACCGCAAGGAUGGGCAUUAUCAACAGAACGAACAGAACCACGGUUUUUUGUGUCGGUAUUGACUGAUGUUGACGCAAACAGGCACUAUUGUGCUUGUAUGUGCUUCAAUGAAACUGUAUCGAUCACACCUAGCAAACCUGUUGAUGAGGAAGAAGAUCCGGUGGAUGGAGAAGUAACUCUAGGUCGAGCUAUUCCACCAAUAACUCAUCACAGUAUUAUGUAUGCUCCAAAAUGUUUAGUACUUGUAUCUCGACUAGAUUAUAUAGACACAUUCAGGAACUGUUUAGGUAUAAUAUACACCGUAUAUAUUGAAAAUUAUGGUAUACCGUUAGAAACAUUGAUCGGUAAUAUAUUGGGAUGUAUUCAAGUGCCACCACCUGGUGGGCCUCAAGUCAGAUUUAGUAUCGGUGCAGGUGAUCGGCAAGCACUACAGCCACCAAUCAGUCCUUCCUUACCUACAACGCACACAUCUGUAAAUCUUCUCUUCCAACAGUUGGGUAUUAGAAAUGUUCUAGUACUUUUCUGUGCAAUAAUGACUGAACAUAAAAUACUCUUCCAUUCAAAAAGUUACAAUAGAUUAACAGACGGAUGUCGAGCACUUACAGCUCUUAUGUAUCCAUUCCGUUACACACAUGUGUACAUUCCUUUACUGCCAGCCGGUCUUAUUGAAGUUUUAUCAACUCCAACACCGUUCAUCAUGGGUGUUCAUUCAUCACUUAAAACUGAAAUCUUUGAAAUGGCGGAUUCAAUAAUUGUAGCCGAUUUAGAUGGUGGUUCUAUAUUUGUUCCUGAAGGUCCAUCUGUACCGUUACUUCCAGAACCGCUAUUAACAAAUACAGAAGAAGCAUUAAGUCUUGUUCUACAGCCAGAACUAGCAUGUGCAGAUCAUGCAUUUCCCCCGUUAGCAGUGCGAGCACCACAAGCAGCAAUGUUAGAUAAGGAAAUACGUGCUGUAUUUAUGAGAACCUUUGCUCAUCUCUUCCAAGGAUACCGUAGCUGUUUAACACUGAUACGAAUUAAUCCAAAACCAGUAAUCACAUUUCAUAAAGCAGCAUUUCUUGGUGAACGUUGUCUUACCGAUUGUGAAUUUACGAAUCGUGUGUUAGACUGUAUGUUUUUCAAUGCAUUUGUGGCAGAACGCGGACCUCCAUGGCGACCGUGUGAUGUCUGGGAUGAAUUGUAUAGUAGUUUACCUGAAUUAUUACGAUUGGAAGCACAAGAUCCUAAUUUAGUUUUAGCACAUAUUCAAGAACUAGCCACACAAUUGUAUUUAAAUGAGAAUCCGAAUUCUCAAUCGUAUGUACAGAAAAUUCCAAAACCUCCAGAUGGAGCAUUUUCACGUAUACAUCAACCACCGUUGCCAACUAUAAAUAAUGGUCAGGUCCAAGCUAUUAUUGAUGAAGAAUUAUCUAAGGAUAAUUUUAAAGCAGGGUUAUCGUCAAUUCGACCAAUUCAAUCUCGUAUUGUGCCAACAGGACCACAUAUUACAAAUAUUCAAGAUAAUCGCCAAAUUAUUAGUAAUUCAGCUAGACGUUUAGAGGUAUUAAGAAACUGUGUAACUUACAUAUUUGAAAAUAAAAUAACAGAUGCUAGAAAAUCGUUACCAGCUGUUCUACGAGCACUAAAAUCAAAAACAGCUCGUCUAACAUUAUGCGCGGAAUUGUCACAACAUGUUGUCGGCAACAAAGCAAUGUUAGAACAUCAACAAUUUGAUUUGGUUGUUAAGUUAAUGAAUUGUGCACUACAAGAUGACACUGCGACAGAUGAGUUUGGCGUGGCAGCAACACUUUUACCAUUAGCCACAGCAUUUUGUCGUAAAUUAUGCACUGGUGUCAUUCAAUUUGCUUAUACAUGUAUACAGGAGCAUCCAGUUUGGCAAAAUCAACAAUUUUGGGAAACAGCAUUUUAUCAAGAUGUACAGAAAGAUAUUAAAGCAUUAUAUUUACCACAACAAGAUAAUUACUCAACAUCUAGAAUGAAUAGUGAAACAAUGUUAAGCCCGACUAGUCCACGUGAAAGUAGAGAUUUUAUAUGGAAAGAUAGACGAUCGAUUCUAAAUCGAGUUCAUGAACCUUCUGCUUUAGAAAUUGCAGCCGAACAAAUGCGUACUUGGAACACUUUGGAUACCGACAAGCAAAAGGAACUAGUGUCAAAUGAAGAAUCAACGAUGUAUAGUCAAGCUAUACAUUAUGCCAAUCGAAUGGUGUCAUUGUUGGUGCCAAUCGAUGUUGGCGUUAAAAAUAAUAGACAGAAUCAUGUAUACGAUGAAGAAGGUGCAAGCAAUAGUCGAACAAACAGUUUUGCGGAAAGUGAUAGUGCAGACGCUGAAUCUGGUUUUGAAGACCAAGAAACAGGUGAAACAGGAAGUACAGUGAUUCGAAUGGUCUCAAGAUUUGUGGAUAAAGUAUGUACAGAAGGUGACAUUAGCAGUGUUUUAAUCAGAUGUCUCCAUCAAAUGGUACCUGGGGUUGUACAUAUGCAUAUUGAAAUGUUAGAAGCAGUUUAUAGAGAAUCUAAACGAUUACCUCCAAUACCUAAGCCUAAGAUAUUGACACCAAAUCUUCUACCUGGUGAAGAAAUAUCAAUGGAGGGUCUUCGUGUACAAUUAUUACCAGAUGGUAGAGAGGAUAGUACUGGCUAUUUGGGCGCACCACUCUUACCAGCUGAAGGAGCUGUAUUCCUCACAAAUUAUCGUAUUAUAUUCAAAGGAAUGCCAUGUGACGCUUUUGCUUGCGAACAAUUGGUUGUAAGAUCUUUCCCAGUGACAUCCUUAACGAAAGAAAAGAAGGUCACUUUACAUUUGGGACAACUAGAUCAAUUACAUCAUGAAGGUUUACAGUUACGUUCGUGUACAUUCCAAUUAAUGAAAUUGGGAUUUGAAGAGGAAGUUACACCUGAAAAUAUAGAUAUGUUUAGAAAAUGCUUACAUCGAAUACGACAUCCAUCACAUGUUUUACAUCACUUUGCAUUUUGUGGUCAAACUAUGGUUUCACCAACUCCAUUGCAUAAGGGAAAAGAAGGAAAAAAUGCUACUUUAAAGGGAUUUGCUAAGAAAACAUUAUUAAAAACUGCACGUAAAGCUGGUUUCAAACAAAAAGAUUCAUCCAAACGUCAAAAAUAUGUUUUAACAAGUAACAUCAAUGGAAAUAAAUAUAUGACAUCUCCUGGUCGAAUGAGUUUACCUGGUGAUACGGAAGAUUUCAGCCACGAUGAUGAUUUAUCAAGGAGCUUUGGGUCAGGCAGAAGUAUUCAAACAUUGUCACAAUCUACAGUUACAUUACUGUCACAAUUUCUAGAUGUAUUCAAAAAAACAUUUGACGAUUAUGAUAUGAAUGCAAUUCCAACUGUAGUACGACCACCCACCGAUGCCAAAACAUUAGAACGGCUUUCUGAAAGAAGCUAUGUCAAAGAUUGGCAACGAUUAGGUCUUUGCAACCAAUCACCAACAAACGGUAAUUCUAGGCAACGCCAUGAUCAGUUUCGGAUAACAACUGUAAAUAGCGCAUACAUGUUAUGUCGAAGUUAUCCCGCAUUAUUGGUUGUACCUGCAGCAACGACUGAUGAAAGUAUUCGGAAAUUUUGUCGUUGUUAUCGACAUGGUCGAAUUGCAUGUAUAACUUGGCGUCAUCCCCGUACAAAAGCAUUGCUAUUACGAGGCGCUGGUCUUCAUGGUAAAACUGUUAUUGGAAUGUUAAAAAGCCAUCCAACAGCAGCGAAUACUUCGACUGAAACUACGUCAAUGGAGCAAGAACGGUAUCUAAGCAUAUUAGUUUCAGCAACCCCAGUAUCUACAAUGCGCCAAAGUUCUGCUUGGGGGAUAUCGGAUAGUAGCCUUAGUAUUGAUUCAUUAUUUUUAGCAGCUGAUGAUCCUAUUGGUUUAGGUGGUACUUUAACGCCUGAAGUUGCCAGAAGACAAAAUCCUUUCAAUAAGGCUAUGGGUACGCUAGGAGUAUUCCCAAGAUCAAGUGGAGGAAAAGGCCCUAAAAAUUUUGGACGAUUUGGAUCACUGAAAGAUCGACGACAGAAUUCACAAGCAUCAUUAACAAAUCUUCCACCUCAACAUCGUGGUAAUAUUAGACUCUCAGCAGAUUCAGAUUCUGGUACAGAUUGUGUACAAUUCCAACGAGCUGCAUUAUAUAUUCUGGGAGAAAAGGCUCACAUGAAAGUUGUAAGAACUGAUGCUGUAGCAAAAACAGAUUUUAUUCCUGUAGAAUAUGAUGAUAUUCGACAUACUAAAGCCGCGUUUAAGAAAUUGAUGAAAGCUUGCAUUCCUAGUUCAAUAGGACAAGAACCCGAACAGACUUUUUAUAGACUUGUGGAAAAUUCUGAGUGGCUGAAACAAAUACAAAAUAUUAUGCAGUUGGCUGGUGCAGUUGUAGACUUGUUGGAUGUACAAGGCUCAUCAGUUUCGAUUUGUUUAGAAGAUGGAUGGGAUAUUACUGCACAAGUUUCUUCAAUCGCUCAAUUAUGUUUAGAUCCACAUUAUCGCACAAUUGAAGGUUUCCGUGUACUCAUUGAAAAAGAAUGGAUUGGUUUCGGUCAUAGAUUUAGUCAUAGAAGUAAUUUGGCUGCUAAUUCACAAGCUAAUGGAUUCGCUCCCACAUUCUUACAAUUUUUAGAUGUCGUACAUCAGAUCCAAAAACAAUUUCCGUUAGCAUUUGAAUUUAAUGAAUAUUUUUUAAAGUUUUUAGCAUAUCAUUCUGUAUCUUGUAGAUUUAGAACGUUUUUAUUUGAUUGCGAAGUAGAACGAGUCGAAUGUGGUGUUGCAGCUGUCGAAGAUAAACGAGGUUCUCUUACCUCACAUCAUAAAGGUGUUGACACUGGUUCUGAUGAUGAAGGUAUUUAUCCGGGUGGGCGAUUAGCUGGUACACAGUCUGGUCCAAAUUUAGGACAAUCAAUUUUUGAUUAUAUUGAAAAACAACAUACAAGAUCUCCAUUGUUUUUCAAUUUUUUAUAUACACCAGAUUUUGAACAUCCUGUUUUGCGACCACAAUCUCAUAUACCAUGUUUAGAAAUUUGGGAAUAUUAUUUAGAAGAAGAUUUAGCACACGGGCCAAGUUAUGAUUUGGAAAUUAUUCAAAUGGAUACGCAACAAGAAGAAGAAGCUGAAGCAAUGGAGAGUAUGGGAAAUAAAUCAAACAGAAAAACCAUUACAGUUGGCUACGAUAAUGUUACAAGAAAUGUUCCUGAUGCAUUUAGUCAUUUAUUAGAAGAAAUCCAUAAACUAGAAACAGAAUUAGGGCAUUUACCACAAAAAUGGAAAGUAUUGUGGGAUAAAUUAGAAUUACCAAAUACUGAUUCUUUAACGCGUCAUGCAUCGUUUAGUACAGCAUUAAUUCGAUACCAUGGUCGAUUGUUGCAUAAACGUUCAACGUUAGAGAUUUUAAUGCGUGGUAAAUUAGUUGGAGCAGCUGAAUCAACGCAUGUUUAUUCGCAUCCUCAUCGGUUUGAACGAUAUAAUUAUACAACACCAACAUACUGUGAUUUAUGUUCGAAUGUAUUAUGGGGACCUGUUAAGUCUGGUUCACGAUGUAUAGAUUGUGGAUAUAAUUGUCACGAAAAAUGCACUGAAAAUGUUCCUAAAGAUUGUACUAAAUAUAAGACAGUAACAGAUGGUUCCUUGAAUUCUCAAACAUUAUCUCGUAGUGGUGGUGACAAUGGAUCGGUAAAUUCAACUACAAUGCAGACAUCCAGUAAACAGUAUUACGAACAAUUUUCAUCGAAUGUAGCAGAGAAUAGAACACAUGAAGGAUAUUUAUAUAAACGUGGUGCCCUCUUGAAAGGAUGGAAACAACGAUGGUUUGUUUUAGAUUCUAUCAAACAUCAAUUGCGUUAUUAUGAUGCAAUGGAAGAUUCACAUUGUAAAGGCUAUAUUGAUUUAGCAGAAGUAAUGUCAGUCACACCAGCUUCUCCUGCCCCUGGGCCACCAAAGAAAACGGACGAUAAAUCAUUCUUUGAUUUAAGGACAAGUCGACGAACAUACAAUUUUUGUGCAUCGGAUGCUACAUCUGCUCAAGAAUGGAUUGAAAAAGUGCAAGCAUGUUUGCAAUAAAUGAAUCUAUUAUCUCUGGUGAUAGUUCAAUUGUUUUGUACACACCAGCUUACCAAACCAAGUAAGCCAAAGUUUGAAAAUAGUCAUCUUGUUAUAAUUAAAAUAAAAAAUUUAAAUCCUUUUUCUUUUUACUUUUGACAAUAAGAUAAGAUGUAAAUGUUUGUAUUUGAUUGUUUUUACUUUGUAUAUACCAUAUAUAUAUAUAUAUAUAAAUAUUAUUAUUGUAAAACUUAGUAAUAAUUAACAAAGAGAACACACAAAUACUACUAAAAAACAGAUAA